AGCUGACUGACUUUGCUAGACUACUGGUGAGGUGGCGCAGUCAUGAAGUGAUUCAGGUAACCUGAGGUCCAGGAGUUGACUCUCGGGUCCCUUGAGCUCUUAGGACCCAGCCCCUAAACUUUCUCGCCCGCACCUGCUCCCUUUCCCCAAGUGAGGGGGGUCGGUGGCCAGGAAGGGCAACUGGUACGAUGGAUGUGAAGGAGCGUCAAUGGGGGGCGCUUGGGACGCUCGGCGGUUAGGGGUCAGGUGUAAGCUGGCCCGGGAGGGGGCGCCCGCCCAACAGGUGUCUCCUUGAAGCUUGCUAGGUAAAGCGCAAGGACGCUGCCGGCUGGGGCGCGGGCCUGAGCUCAGAUCUGCAGCCAUUCUAUCCGCGGAGCUAGUAGAGGGCGGCAGAGUUCUCCCGCGUGUGAGCGCCAGGCUUCCGCGGAAGCCUGGGCUCUGGCGCUCCAACUCCUGCAGCCGCCAGAGCCGUGACACCGAAUGAAUGCUGUAGUCAGCCAGGCUGCUUUUUGUCUUGUCCCAGGUCCCAGGGAACCAGGAAUCAAUUGUAGUGAUGGACUGGAGAUUUAUGUUUUCCUGGGCCUUUGGCUGGCAGGCAGACAAGUUUAUCACGUUGGUAGGAACUUUCCAGGCACUCAAACGCUGCCACCACCACACACCCUCCCCUCACUUUCCCCUGCAGACCUCUGAGGCCCUUUCAACAGUCUCAGUGCACGUGCACAGCCCACUUCCUAUUAUACCUCCGAGCUACCUACUGCCUAGCGUCUACUACGGUGCAGACCCUGGGUAGGGCAUCCUCAUUCAAGGGAGAGAGAGGGAGGGAGGGUGGGAGGGAGGAGAAGGGAAGGGAAGAGGUCACUACCUAGCACCCCAGUACAGGGCAACUGGGUGGAGCCAAAUCAGUUUAUUCAGACAUUUUUGUUUUCGCGGGAAGGGAUUCUUUUGGGAAGGGGCCCUCUGUGAGAUCUCAGGUACUGAAUAACAAACAACUACAAAUCAGGCUGAGGGUCUUAGCCUCCAAUUAGAUUGGUUUCAGGGGUUUUUUUUUAUAUGAAAUAUCUUAUUUUUACCAGAGGAAUGAUUGUCAAGAUCUUAAUCUUUUCUAAAGAUUAGUUUCCUGACCUGCUUUCAAUUUUAAUGGAGAUUACACUACAUUUUCCUUCUGACCUAUGCCAGGUAUGGAGGAGAAAGCAGCACACACACACACACACACACACACACACACACACAGUGUAUGUAUAUAUGUUACAUAUACGUGAAUGUAAACAUAUGUAUAAAUAUGUAUAUAUGCAUGCAUGUAUAUACACAUACAUCUCUCACCAUAUAUACACAUAUAUAUGUACAUAUAUAUGUAUAUAUACAUAUAUAUGUACACAUAUAUAAUCAGUAGACUGAAGCAGGUCUUUGUGCUGAUUCAGACACUAAUUACAUAACUAGACAAAUGUACUUGAUUUUGGAGGGUCUCCUCCUACCCACAGACAUCGAGAAAGUGCAACCCUAUUAAGACCAAGGCCCCCUGUAUUUCCACUGUAUUUAUCUUUCACCAAAAUCUUAAAUGCCUGUUACUGUUGUCUGUUACUAAUAGAAACAGCCUACCUUGUGCAAUUAAACAGUCAGUCGAAUCUGACUACAUGACGAUUUUAUUGGUAGUGACUGUGGCAAAUUAAAAUACCUAUACAGGGACAUUAACUCCUGGGUUUCCAUUGUUAUUGGGGCAUUAAAAUUCUGGCUUACAUGAAUGCUUCCAAACUUUGUAAAAGCCUAUUUCUCUUCUCUUAGGUUAACGUUGCCUUAGUCUAAAACAACAACGUCAAUGAGGAAAAUUUACUUUCCAAGUAUUGAGCCUGGGCAGACAAUCCUCACUGCUACUGGGGUGACAGUGUUAUCUCAAACUGCUCUUGGUUUCCAGUUUCAAAAGAGGCCCGGAUGUUGUGCUUCAGGGUAGGAGGGGAGUUCAGAUGUACCGGUCUCUUAGGAAUCCGGUGCUUGGCUCCUCUUUCUCCAGCUACAUACAUGGAGUGAACAAUGUAUGACGUGUAGCAAAAUCGAGUGACUGCUUAGAAAGCGGUUACCCAGGCUGUGGGUACUUGCUGUGGACCCUCCCUCACAUCUGUAGUGGAGUUAAAAACAAACCAUGUUACCCAGAGCUUCACACAAGUAGAGGCAGAAAUAUUUAGAGUUGGCCCUGGCUAUCGACUCUUUCAAGCUGCCCCCGUUUUCUGUGGAGGCCACUGGUGGGUCAAAUAGUAAGGGCAGGAAUGGAGGAUCUUUCUGGGUAAGAAACUGGUUUUGAAGGCCCAGGCGCUGGCUUGACACUGUCCUAUCCCAUGGUUUUCAAGAGACGACAUGGGCUAAAGUCGCGCGGCGGCCGGCGAGGGGGCGCUGUGGCCCGCGCCUGCUGGCUUAGACCCAGCUGCCGAAACCAGGCGCUGCCACCGUGCCACCGACGCGUGGCUGACGCCCCGCCAGUGGCCAGAUUUGUCUCGUUCUACGCCUGUUUCAUUCGGGAAAUAAGGAAAACAAUAACACCAGGGUAUUUCAAUAAAGCUAGAGCUCUCAUGAUUAUUCUGUUUCAACUCUGGCCUCCGUAGCUUAUACAAGUUUGGGGCCCAAAAUAAGCUGCCACUUUGGUGCGUACAGUUUUUUUUUUUAAUCUUAAAAUGAAACAUUCACUUUUAAAGUGAGUUUACUUUAAUGAAGGAAACUUAAAAUGUAAGUUUCAAGUCCAAGUCCUAUCCUGUUCUAUUAGCAGCCAGGACUUUCUGGCAUGUGCAUGUCGUUGCUCAUCAGGACAGAAAGGAGAGAUGAAGUCAAGCUUUGCUUCUUUUUUUCUUUACGUUUCGUUUUUGUUUUGUUUUGUUUUAAAGAUUUUUUUUUCAGUACACCGAACUUUAAAUUCCACAUGCAAAGGAAGUCUUCCUCGGGCUUGCAUUAUAUUGAGGCUGCAUCGGUAUUUCUAGUUUCUAAAGCCAACGCGGUUUCCUGGAAAGCGCGCACGCAGGACAGUCCCCCGAAGGUGAGGGGCUCUUUAAUGUCCGCAUCCUGGAAAGAGAAGUCUGGGCCCCAUCUGGGGUUCUCAAACCCGUCUGCGAGGCCUGGUCUCCCUGGCGGGCACAGGAGGCGGCUGCCCCUGCCGAGCCCGGAUCUACUUUCCGUCCCGAGCUGGGGCGACGAGGCGGGUGGCGGGUGGGGGGGGGCGCACUCUUUUCUUGUUCUUGUUCCCCUCUCAAGGAUCGAGAAUUCAACUAAGCAGUGCUUUCUCCUUUAACCAUCCUCGCUCCCUCGCUCCAGAACCUGGUCAGUCCUCAACUCGGCUAACUAGUCUCUCCUGGUUUUUCGUUAGUGGGGAGCAUGAGUUCUCCCCGGUAGAAGCCCCGCUUCAGACAAUCUUCCUGAAGUUUCUUUUCCGCACGAGUCCGGACAAUUCUCCACAUCUGGCUGCUGUUCUCACCCCUGUCUGCUGGUGUCCUGCUUCUGUCGCUCCUUUUCUCUCCUCUUGUCUCUCAACUGCGAUCGUGGCCUCCCCCCGCCCCCGCGGUCCACUAGUGUUCUGGGAAAGGCGUCCACGAGACUCGGCCCAGGGUUUUGCGCCCCGCCAGGAGGUGGCCGCGCUGGUCAGAUCCAGGAGUCCGCUGCGCCGCCAGGAGGGAGCGCAGCGCGUGCAGCCUGAGAGCCCGGCAAAGACUGGACUAGGGAUGUUGCCUUCCCCGGGACCGUGCUAGUUUACCGUCCCAGAACCUGUGAGGGAUUUAAAAGGGAACAUUUCAGCACCGGCUGAGAGCAGCUAAGCAACUUCACAGCCGGCUCCUCUGGGCCCGUGCUGCAGACCCAGCUCCUGACCUAUAGAAGCAGAGCUCCGAUUCCUAGGGCUUGCUUACUCUUGGUCUUGGAAGACCCUUUUCAUGAACCCUCGGUAGCGGCUCUGGGCUCUGCGGUUAAGUUUGCAGCCGCCAGAGCCUGCCAUUCAAGCUUGGCCCCGUGAGCAACUGCAAACCUGCCUGAGCCUGGGAGGAGUCUUUGCUGGAAGGAAAGCAAGGCAAGAAAACCGAGCUUCUCUAAGUCUUUCUCCAAGAAAGCAGGUCCUGCAGAGUCUGGUGAGGCUGGGCUUAAUUUCCACCUGCCAUUUCUCACUGGUAUGUCCAAACAACUCUCCAGGACAUAGUCUAGGUGGCAGGUAACCAUGAACACACCGUUUUCUCACGCUCUCACAGAAUGCUCUUACAUACCCGGGAAUGUACUGUAAGGAAUAUUAUAAUAUUAUGUAUUGUAAGGAAUAUUAUAGUAUUAUAAUAUUAUUUUAAGAAAAAGGAGGAAUGUGGGGAGUGAGUGAGAGAGAAAACAAGGCAGGAAUGCAGAUUAUUUUAAAGUGGAUAAAUCUGAAUUAAAAAUAAACUGCACUGGGAGAUUGGUGCUGGUACAAGGUGGGCAAGGAUGUAGAGUCACGAAUUCUGGAGUAACAUUGGGAGAAAAUGUGCACACUUCCACACCUAGAAGAACCUGGAAAUGACUGGAUCCACUGUGCCAGGGAAGGCCUCCAGACAAAGAGAUGCACUCCUCAAAAUCCAAGCAAGACCAGGGCAGAAGUUACCCCAACCAUCUGGACUAUGACAGCUCAAAUUGCUUCAAAGAAUUGGGAGGAACAUCUAGUGACAUCCGAAAAGUCAGAGACAGAUCAAGGGGACCUUGGAGGACCAUCUGCAUCCUACUUCAGGAGUGAGAUACCUGUGCAGGGCCCAGCUCUGUCAGUAGGGGUCUGUCCUGAAAGACACUCCUGGAGUGGGUAUGUAUACGUGUCACAUGUGUGCAGUGUCAGAGGAGGUCAAGAGAGGGACACAGAUUCUCUAGAUCUGAAGUCACAGAUGAUUAUGAGCGAUUAUAUAGAAUAUCAUGUGUCUCAGGCUGGUGUGUCUUUCACUCACUAUAUAGUCAAAGGUGACCUUGAAGUCCUGAUUGACCCCUCCCGCCUUCACUUUCCCAGUCCAGGGAUUACAGGUUGCAUUAUUGAGGCUUCCUUCACUGGAUUUGACUAUUUUGCAGACCAGUGUCUUUCAUGAGCAUAGAACCCAAAUCCUCAAGCAUGUCCAUGAAUGAAGCUCAGCAGUGCAUCAGUGGACAGGACAAAUCUUCAAACAUGUUCGUGAAUGAAGCUCAGCAUCAAUGGACAGCGCAGUAUCGGGAGACAAGUUCUUUGUAGGAACUUGCCAUAUUAGCAGAAAAUAAAACAAAACAAAACACAUGUGACCAUUUCAACAUUUUUAACUUGUUGUUGUUGGAGUUGUAGCUCUGUGGUAGAGUGCUUGCCUAUCAACACUGUAAUUGCAACCCCAGCACUGCAAAACAAACAAACAAACCAACAAAAGCAGUUUCUUAGUCAGGGUCAUCCAGGAGACAGCAGGCAAGAUAAAACCUUUAACUUGCUGAAUGAACCUGGGGAACAAGGUAGGCGUAACCCCUUCUACUCAACAUUGUACCACACAACUCAGUUUGAGAAGGUGGUCCUACGCACAGACAGACAAGUGAGAUACUCAAAAAGUGUCUACAAAAAAUCCCAAGCUGUCUUCAAAAUGUUAACUUCACAAGAGACUUUACCAUGGUUAUAGGAUAAAAGCUUGUCGUGGUUUAAGUGAGUAAUAUCCUCCUCAUGUGUCUGAACACUUGGUCCCCAUGGGGUGGCACUGUUUGGAGAGGUAUUGGCACCUUGAUGGAGGAAGUAUGCCACUGGAGGGGUGUGGAUUUUGAGAGUUUAUAACUUUGCCUCACUUGUAGUUUACUCGGCUUUCAGUAUGUGUGGAUUGAAAUGUGGUCUCUCAGCUGUCUGCUUUGACUGCCUGCUAGCAUGCCAUUUCACCAUUGUGGACUUUAUCCCUCUGGAACUGGAAGCCAAAAUAAAUGUUUUCUUCCACAA